UAACUUUCAAUUUCAGCCACUCUAACACUCUCAAGUCCCGUGUUCCAUUUUGCUUAUAUAUAUUCGAGUUGUGGAAAGCCACGAUACUCACAAUAGAACAGCCAAAACAAGCAGAUUUUAUAUAGAAAUGAAUAUGGGUGUCUUACAAUAUUAUUUCUCAAUGAAGGCUUUGCUUUGGGUUUUAGUGGUUUUUGUUCAAACUCGUGAGUACAUGGGUUGCUUGGAGGAAGAGAGAGCUGGUCUGCUUCACUUGAAGUCAUUUCUUAUCAUAUCCAUUCCGUCUUUCAGAGCUUAUAAUUCAGACUAUGAUCGUCUUCCUUCAUGGGUCGACCAUGAGAAGAGUGAUUGUUGUAAUUGGGAGCGAGUCACGUGCAACUCCACCACAGGUCAUCUAAUAGAACUGUCCCUCGAGAAUUUAAUGCAGGAUCCUCGUUAUAACUAUUAUGAUUAUGAUUAUUAUUAUUAUUACGAAAUGGAGAGAUUUCGUGAGGAACAUCGAUGGUUGUUAAAUGUGUCUCUAUUAGAGCCUUUCAAGGAGUUAAGAAGUCUUGAUCUAUCCUGUAAUGCAAUCGAUGGUUGCAUACCAGAUGAAGGAUUUGAAAAGCUUUCAACCCUAAGGAAUCUGGAAAUUUUAAACCUUGGUCGCAACUUCUUUGAUGACAAUAGCAUUCUACAAUCUCUGGGUGCUAUCACUUCGCUCAAGACUUUAAAUCUUACUGAGAAUAAGUUGGAGGGAUACUUUCCAGCACAAGAAUUAGUUACGUUGAGAGAUUUGAACACGCUGGAUAUAAGCUGGAAUAGGUACAAUGGUACCCUCCCAAAUCAAGGUUUCGAAAGGCUAGCGGUACUGAGAAACUUGGAGACAUUGAUCCUCGAUUGGAAUUGGUUUGGCUACAUGAGCACCAUACCAUCUCUAAGUAACCUUACAUCCCUUAUGACAUUAAGUCUUUCAUGGAAUAAUAUCAGAUUUGAUGAAGGAGUAAAUGUUGAAGGUGGCAGUUUCAAAAGGCUCGCCGUAUUGAGAAAUCUGAAGACAUUGAAUCUCGAAUGGAAUCACUUUGAUGACAGCAUCAUACCAUCUCUAAGUGGGCUUACAUCUCUUACGACAUUGAGUCUUGCGGGGAAUAAAAUACAAGGAGGUGAAGGUUCGAAAAUGUUGUCAAGAUUGGAGAACCUAGAGAAAUUAGAUCUUAGUGUCAAUUUCCUCAAGGACACUAACUUUUUUCAAUCAAUUGCUACAAUCAAAUCUCUCAAGAAUCUGAAUCUUCAUUGGAAUGAAUUGGGCCGAUCGUUUGGAACCAAAGGUUGGGAAAUAUUGUCAAGAUUGGAGAACUUGGAGAUAUUAGAUCUUUCUCACAAUUACCUCAACGACACUAGUUUUCUUCAAUCAAUUGCUGCAAUCAAAUCCCUUAAGAAUCUGAAUCUUGCUUGGAAUGACUUGGGGGGGUCCUUUCCAACGAAAGGUUGGAAAAUGUUGUCAAGAUUGGAGAACUUAGAGAUAUUAGAUCUUAAUAAGAAUUUCCUCAACGACACUAGUUUUCUUCAAUCAAUUGCUGCAGUCAAAUCUCUUAAGACUCUCAAUCUUCAAUACAAUGAGUUGACGGGAUCCUUUCCAACCAAAGAGCUAGCAAAUUUAAGCAACCUGGAUGUUCUUAUCUUGGGAGUUAAUCAUUUUGGUGGACGACUACCAAUGCAAGAAUUUUGUGCAUUGAAGAAGCUUGAAGUGUUAGAUCUAUCUUACAAUUACUUUGAAGGGAUCCUACCUCCAUGCAUAAACAAUAUGACAUCUCUUGUGGUGUUAGAUAUUUCCAAUAACCAAUUUAAUGGAAUUGCUUCAUCAUCAUCUGUAGAAGCCAGCCAGACAAGUCUCAAGUACAUUGAUUUUAGUUAUAACCAGUUUAUGGGCAUAGUCUCAUUCAACUUAUUUGCCAAUUACUCUAAGCUUGAGGUUCUUAGAUUCAAUGGCCAAAACAAUAAAGUUGAAAUAGAAACUGAAGGCUCCAUGGGUUGGUACCCUUUGUUUCAGCUGAAGAUCAUUGAAUUGCCUAACUGUAGGCUGAACAAGCUGACCGGCAGUUUUCCAAAAUUUCUUCAUGCCCAGAAUGAACUAGAUACAGUUACACUUUCUCACAAUAAGUUGAACGGAAGCUUUCCAAAUUGGCUGGUUGAAAACAAUACAAGAUUACACUUGCUAGAUCUUCGAAAUAACUCUUUUGUUGGCCGGUUAUAUUUAUCAACAUUGAUCCACACAAAUAUGAUCUGGAUGGAUGUCUCGACCAAUCACUUGGAAGGAAAACUUCAAGAAAAUAUUGGCAAGAUUUUUCCAAAUUUAGUAUAUCUAAAUCUUUCCAAUAAUAAUCUUGAAGGUAAUCUUCCUUCCUCAAUUGGUGGGAUGCUUUAUUUGGAGGUAUUAGAUGUUUCUUCCAAUAAUUUCUUAGGCAGAGUUCCAAGAGGAUUAACUACAGGUUGCUUGUCAUUGAGUAUUUUGAACCUUGCUCACAACAGCUUCAACGGUGCAAUUUUCAUUGGGACAAACCAGGAAAAUCUGCAGAUGAAUGAUAACCAAUUCACAAGUAUCACACCAGUACAUAAUUCAACUGUUUACCUAUCAUAUUUAGAUAUCAGCAACAACAAAAUUUCAGAUACUAUCCCCCGAUGGCUUGGGAACACGUCAUACUUGAGAACUCUUGUUAUGGCUGACAAUAGUUUUUAUGGUUCGAUCCCAUGUGAACUAAGUAUGACAGGUACGUUAGACCUUUCUCAUAACUUAUUUACAGGAUCGUUACCUUUUUGCUUGAAUCUACCAAAGCUUGAGCACCUAUAUUUGCAAGGGAACAAAUUCACAGGAUCAAUACCAAAAGUUCUUUUCAAUUCCUCAUCUCUUUUAACAUUGGAUAUUGGAGAUAACAACUUUACAGGCAGCAUCUCUGUUGAAAUCAAACAACUUCAAAGCUUAAAAGUACUUUUGUUGAGUAGCAAUCAUUUCACUGGUAUAAUUCCAAAUCAGUUGUGCUUGUUAAGAAUGAUAAGCAUAAUGGAUCUUUCCAAGAAUGCUUUUUCUGGAACCAUACCACAAUGCCUCCAUGACAUAUAUUUUGGGAAGACAGCGGCACCUAGUGUUGACUAUUUUAGUGGAAAAGUUGAUCAUAUCGGUUGGGGUAUAGAACCAACUUACACAUAUAAAGGUUUCUCAGACUGGGAUAGUAACGCUUACCGAUAUCUUAAAUAUGUUGAUGUAGAAGUGGAGAUCGAGUUUGUAACAAAAUAUAGGCAUAGUUCUUAUAAGGGUUCUAUCCUUGGUUACAUGUCUGGAUUGGAUUUGUCAUGCAACAAACUAACAGGCAGCAUCCCAUCGGAAUUGGGACAAAUAUCUUCAUUGCAUGCACUGAACUUAUCUUAUAAUCAGUUGACUAGUACAAUUCCUGAAUCAUUUUCAAAGUUGACUCCCUUGGAAAGUCUAGAUCUCUCUCAUAAUAGUUUGAGUGGAGAAAUUCCUUCAACACUGAUUGAUCUAACCUUUCUUGAGGUAUUCAGUGUGGCCAACAAUAACUUGUCAGGUAAAGUUCCAGAUAUGAAAGCACAAUUUGCAACAUUUGAGAAAAGCAGUUAUGAAGGAAACCUAUUUCUUUGUGGACCACCACUAGAUAAAAGUUGCGGCGAAGUAGAUGUGUCAUAUCCAACACAACCACAGUCUUCAAAUGCAAGUGACAAAAAAUGGUAUGAAGUAGAUCCUGUGGUCUUCCAUACAAGCUUCUUAGUAACUUACAUCAUUUUCUUUUUUAGUGUUAUCAGUCUUGUUUAUAUUAAUCCUUAUUGGUUGCAAAGAUGCUCCAACUUGAUUGAAGAUCUUAUAUUUGACGGUUAUUAUUUUUUUAUUUGGAAGCUUAAAAACUUUCUAUGUAUGUAGAUACACUGACUUUCUUGUAGCGUCUUUAAUGAUAGUAAUAAUGGUCAAUUAUCAAUGACUUUAUUUUGAAUAA